CGAUACCUCUAACCGGUUUGUUGGAGAAACGAUGAGAGCCUGUUUCAUCCUCACUACGGCAAACGCGAACGCUUGCGAAGAUUCGCACAGUGAGACGCUACGUGUUUCGCAGGCAUGGCAUUGGAUUGUUUUUCCGACGAGCCAAAAUGGAUCCUCAACCACUGAGAAUUGAAAAAAACAGAACGUUUAUGUUCUGGUAUGCACUGAUGUUCUUCGGGUAAAUAUCGUGAUCGAGACCGACGUUUUGGGCAUGCCAAACUGGCAUUGGCCCGCGCAAACGGGCAUUUGAUGGGCAUUUGACAGUUUUGGCUUGAAAUUGAUGCGAUCAGGCAUGCAUGCCCGUUUGUCGGCAUGCCAAGCCGACAUUUUGGCAUGCGCUCAGCCAAGUAUAAUUGCUUUUCUUCAAGUCUUUAGCCGUCCAGGAUAUAUACUGACUGUUCCUAGGCUCUUAGGAAGCUCCAUAUGGGACUCGGAACCAAUUGUUCCUAUCAUAACAGACCCCAGCAUUGUUGGAUGCGACAUCGCGUGGUGUCAAGCCUGUAAUGUCGCUCAUAACGUGCAAGCCAUCGGGCUUUUCAUCAUAUUCUUAUUUUAUUCAUUGCAUCCUUCCGAU